AAUUCCCGUGGCAGCUGCAGUAAUAUCUGCACACAGCCCGGCCAAUGCCAACUGUCACCCACUAUUAUUCGACUUUCUUAAUUCACUGGAUGUGUAAAACAUUUAAUUUCCCUGCUACAACUGAGGCUGGGCCUGAAGGGAAGAGGGGAGAAGAGGAGAGGAGAGCAGCGGCACUUAACUGGUUUUGUUAUGAGGGCCCGAUGUGUGCUCUGGCUGGCGUUGCAGAGCCCCAAUCAGGUGCCAUUACACCCGGUGUUUGAGAAUACCAUUGGCUGGUGGGGAGAGGAGCUGUGCGCAAAACCAACCCCGCUGCUCACACUCGCCUUACAGAAGCCGAGCUGAGAACAUCAUCCGCUUUGAGCGCUUAGGCGCAGUGAUUACAUCCUCACAGAGAGAGAUAGAGAGAAAGUCCUGUUAUUGCCGGGCUUUAUUUAGAAGUUGCGUUUGUUAUAGCUAUCGGCGGUGCGUAAAUAGGAGUUUUUCCUUUCUUUUACUUUCCUUUCCGCUUGUGUGGAAUUCCCAAUGUUGUUGUGUGACUUUCUGUGAAGAAGGGGCAGUCUGUUCUGUGCACAGGGAGUGUUGGCUAUGCGUCCUGGCUCCAGCCUGCAAUGUUUGCGCUGACGCCAAAACUCACAGACCGGUGCAGAAUUGAUUAAAACAGAGAAGCUCGGAUCAAAUGGCUGUGCUUCUCGCAGCUGAAACGACACAAUGUUCCAGUGACCCGAGGCACAGGAGAGGAAUUUCAGAAUCGGACAGCCUUGUUGCUGUUUAUUUCACUGCCUUUUCACGGACAGAGGAAAUGGGAAAUGCUCAUUUCUUGUAAGCAAAGGGAAUAACACUUUUUUUUUGUUUCGUCUUGAAGUGCAGUUUGUUUGAGAGAGAGGAGAUGAUUUGGUUCAUAUUUCUGCUCUCCAUCCUGGAUGGAGCGGUCUCUCAGCUACACUACUCCGUGCCAGAGGAGCAGGAACCUGGCUCUGUGGUUGGGAAUAUUGCCGAGGAUUUGGGGCUGGACAUUACCAAACUUUCCGCUCGCCGCUUUCAGACGGUGCCUAGUUCACGAACACCUUAUCUGGAGGUGAACUUGGAGAACGGUGCGCUCGUGGUGAAGGAGAAAAUUGACCGAGAAGAAAUCUGUAAGCAGACCAUCCCGUGUUUACUGCACCUGGAGGUGUUUCUGGAGAACCCGCUGGAGCUCUUUCGCGUUGAGAUUGAAGUGAUGGAUAUCAACGACAAUCCACCCAGCUUUCCCGAGACAGACAUUUCGGUGGAAAUAUCUGAGAGCGCCAUACCCGGGACCCGUUUCCCGGUGGAGAAUGCCUUCGACCCCGACGUGGGCACAAACGCGCUCAGCACAUAUGCCAUAACGAAUAAUAACUAUUUUUAUCUUGACGUGCAGACACAGAGCGACGGAAACAAAUUCGCAGAGCUGGUGCUGGAGAAGUCGCUGGACAGGGAGCAGCAGGCGGUGCACCGCUACGUGCUGACGGCUGUGGAUGGGGGCAUCCCGCAGCGGACCGGGACGGCUCUCCUGGUCGUUAAAGUUCUGGACUCUAAUGAUAACGCGCCCACCUUUGACCAGACUGUGUACUCGGUUAACCUGCGGGAAAACUCUCCCGUGGGCACUCUGGUUAUUCAGCUGAACGCCACGGAUGUUGAUGAGGGACAAAACGGGGAAAUAGUUUAUUCUUUCAGCAGUCAUAACGCCCCGCGAAUAAAGGACUUAUUCAAUAUUGAUGCCAGAACAGGUAGGAUAGAGGUGGCGGGUGAGGUAGACUAUGAAGAGAGUAACACGCACCAGAUAUACGUCCAGGCUAAAGAUCUUGGGGCUAAUGCUGUCCCCGCGCACUGCAAAGUGCUGGUCAAACUCGUGGACGUUAACGACAACACACCAGAGAUCGGUUUCAGCACUGUGACUGAAUCUGUAAGCGAGCAGGACGCCCCGGGCACCGUGAUCGCACUUUUCAGCGUCUCCGAUCGGGACUUUGGUGAAAAUGGACAUAUGAGCUGCGAAAUACUAGGAGACGUUCCUUUCAAGCUGAAAUCGUCUUUCAAAAACUACUACACCAUCGUGACGGACGGUCCGCUGGACAGAGAGAACACAGAUUCCUACACCAUCACUGUGGUGGCCAAAGAUAAGGGUCAGCCUUCGCUUGCCACCAGCAAGUCAAUUAAAGUGCAUGUCUCCGAUGAGAACGACAACGCACCCCGUUUCACGCAGGCAGUUUAUGAUGUGUAUGUGACUGAGAAUAAUGUGCCCGGUGCUUUCAUUCACGCCGUGAGCGCUUUAGACCCUGAUAUUGGACAGAACGCUCUUAUUACUUACUCCAUAUUGGAGUGUGACAUACAGGGCAUGUCUGUGGACACCUAUGUGUCCAUAAACCAGGACACUGGUUACCUUUACGCGCUGCGCUCUUUUGAUUACGAGCAGCUGAAGGAGUUCAGCUUCAUGGUGCAGGCUAAAGACUCUGGAGCUGCUGAGCUCUUCUCCAAUGCCACUGUAAAUGUGAUCAUAGUUGACCAAAACGACAACGCUCCCACUGUAAUAGCCCCCAUCGGUAAAAACGGCACGGCCAAAGAGCACCUGCCGCGCUCUGCUGAACCCGGCUACCUGGUGACGCGCAUCGUGGCAAUGGAUGCGGAUGAUGGCGAGAACGCACGGCUGUCCUAUAGCAUCCUGCGGGGCAACGAGAUGGGGAUGUUCCGCAUGGACUGGAGGACCGGGGAGCUGAGGACAGCCCGCAGGAUCUCUCCCAAGCGGGACCCGCAGGGCUACUAUGACCUGCUGAUCGAGGUGAGGGACCACGGGCAGCCCCCCCUCUCAUCCUCCGCGAGUGUGAGUGUAAUAUUAGUGGACAGCGUAGUUGAAGGCCGGAGUGGGGAUCGCGGCUCGGCCUCCAAGGCAAAGGAGACCUCCCUUGACCUCACCCUCAUUCUCAUCAUCGCCUUGGGCUCCGUGUCCUUCAUCUUCCUCCUGGCUAUGAUCGUGCUGGCCGUACGCUGCCAAAAGGACAAGAAGCUCAACCUGUACACGUGCCUGCUGGCCGGUGACUGCUGCCUGUGCUGCGGCUCGUGCUGUAGCAGGCAGGCUCGCGGCCGGAAACAGAAGAAGCUGAGUAAAUCCGACAUCAUGUUAGUUCAGAGCACCAACGUGACUUCAGGGGUCGGGCCCGUGGGGCAGGUGCCCGUAGAGGAGUCUGGUGUGGGCGGCGUGGGAGGAAGCUUCGGCUCCCACCACCACCAGAACCAGAACUCCUACUGCUACCAGGUGUGUCUGACACCGGAGUCCGCCAAAACGGAUCUGAUGUUCCUCAAACCAUGCAGCCCAUCCCGCAGCACUGACACGGAUCACACCAACCCCUGCGGCGCCAUAGUCACGGGUUACAGUGACCAACAACCAGACAUCAUAUCCAAUGGCAGUAUUCUCUCUAACGAGACAAAACACCAGCGAGCAGAACUCAGCUAUCUGGUGGACAGACCCAGACGUGUCAACAGCUCGGCGUUCCAAGAGGCAGACAUCGUCAGCUCCAAAGACAGUGGUCAUGGCGACAGCGAACAGGGUGACAGUGACCACGAUGCCACCAACCGGGGUCAUUCGGCUGGUGCUGACCUGUUCUCCAAUUGCACGGAGGAGUGCAAGGCACUGGGCCACUCCGACCGCUGCUGGAUGCCAUCCUUCGUGCCGUCCGAUGGGCGCCAGGGGCCGGACUACCGCAGCAACCUUCACGUUCCCGGCAUGGACGCCACACUGCCCGACACUGAGGUACCCUCCUCCGUCAACCUCUCCGACCAACUCACCAUGACCUCGUCUACCGCUUCGUCCAACGAUAGGUCAUUCUCCACCUUUGGCAAGGAUGGUCAAAGGUCACAGUCACACCACAGCCUUCACCAUCACCUCCAUCAGCAGCAGCAGCAGCAGUACAGCUCCAGCACGCUAGAGAGGAAAGAGUAUGAUAGGGGGACCCUACCGUACAAACCCACCUUUCUCUGUGAGUAUCAGUAUGAAAAUUCCCUGGGACCCUAUGACUUUGGUCUGGUCCAGUACAGAUACUAAAGGAGGGGACGAUGAAUCUGCCUCUUGAUUCUGAUCUGGACAUUUUAUGUUGUUCAUCAACUUUUAUUUCUUCUAUUUUAAAGGAGUUUUGAAAAAAAUGCGGCUUUAUGUUUUGUUGUACUGUCUUUUUCUUCUUAUUUUGUAAAUUAUCAUUUCUUCUUUUGAAUGUAAAAUGUAAUCUAUCAUUGCUAAGUCUGCUCCUCUAAAAUCCGCUUUGAAAAAUUCAAUCUAACCCCAUCCUAACCCAAAAUACUGUCUGUAAUCAUGUGACUUAUUAUAAAAUAAACAAAAUUUAAAUUGGACUCAUGUUAAACUGCUGUGGCCCCUUUUUCUUUUUCCUUUUCUCCAAAUUUCCCCUCAAAAUUCUUUCCAAUCAGCCAUUUUAUCUGAUGCUCAUAUAAGCAAAGGUCACUGACAUAAACACUUCAUGUUUAUACUCUUGCCAUUCUCACGCACCUUCAAUUAAUUGCUGUUUACAGUUGAAAACUUGACUUGGUUGAGUAGACAGGGAAUGUAAGAUAGAUCAUGUUGUAAAGGACAUCUUUUUUCAUUUGCUCAGCAACUGAGCUUGCUCGAGCAUGAUGACUUCCCUACUGAAUAGCUCGAAAGGUGAUACACCCAACCCACGCUUCUUCUUUUUUUCACAAGGACUAAAGUCUAUUUUGUUCUUAAAAGGAAGUCUGAAGUGUCUACACUCACUUUCUUGCAGAUCAAUACCUGAUAUAAAGAGGGGUGGGUGAGGUGGGUUUGCCAACCCUGAGGUCAAGAUUCUUCAUUUGGAAAAGUCACAUAUGCAAGUUUCUGUGCACGAAUGCCAGGAAACUAUUACAAUAUGAGCAGGGCUUAAUUUGGAAAGUGAAACAUAUUGAUAUCCAUUGGAAUAAAAUUGAGUUUCCAGCUUGCAUUUGUAAAGAGGCUCAAUCAGAAUCAGAGAAAAGGAUGGCAGGACACUUCUUGCCGCUUUCAAUUGCUUUCCAAGCUCCACAUUACAUGAAUAUUCUAUUAGCUCUAAGAGUAGAGAAUGGAUUUGAUAUACACAUUCAGUAGAGAAGUCAUUUCCAGUCAAGUCACCACCAUGUUAACCACCAUCCUCCAUGAUGCUGCAUGCUGACUGUGGGCCGCCUCUCAGGUAAACGAUGAACACAAUAACCUGACCUUUUUUUUUUCUUUUUCUUAUUUGCAAGUUAGCAAACAGGGCCAAGCAAUCUUCCACUUGUGCAUCAGGUCUGUGGGAAAAAAUAAUUUGGAUUUUGCCUUUAGGUGCGAGUGGCUGCUUUGCUCCAAAUAUAGCUGCUUGCGCGUCUGCUCUUCUCGUUUGCCUCACAGGGUUAGGAUAAAUGCACUCCAUAUUCGCUCAGUCCAAAACUCACAACUUCAUUAUAUUUCAUUUUACUUUUUUGAUUUACGAUUUCACCAGUUCUUCCUGGUCUGUUGAAAUAAAUUGACCUCAUGUUGCUACUUUAAAGGUUUUGUUGUUCAUCAGUCUGUAAAAAAUAUGAGAGUAGUCCCACAGGCUGAGGCUCUAUUAACCAACAGGCAUCAUGUUCUACUUUUAUAAAUAGCAUCAUAUGCUACUGUUGGCGAUGGCAAUGCUCUGAUCACCAGGGUUGCCUUGAUAAAGGGUUUAUAAAUGUUUAAUGCUCCAUUUAUAGAUAAUUAAUGAAGCAAUUAGUGCUCUGUGUAUUUUCUAUGCAUGCAUUACGUAGCCAUCAAAUUUUGAACAUUUAUCUUCACUGAUGGACGUGUUUUUACACAAUUCCCAAAUUAGUUUCCCCAUUACACUGCAAGGACCAGCCUUUAGGGUAUAUAAAUAACUUCACAAAGAGUCCUUUGUGGCACGUAUCCUUCAAGAGAUGGUAUUUCGAGCUGGUUGUGUCAUUAAAAAGUCUCAUGGGAAAGGGUGCCAGUUGUCUUAACAAGUAUGUUCUCUGUCUUUUCAGCCCGCAAAAGGAUUUGCUAGCUCGUUCCAUGUGGACCUGUCGGAGACAGCGUGAAUUUCUAUAUUAGACCACCAACACUGAUGCUAGAGACAGCGAAAUAAAACUAAACAGCAACCUGGACAAAAGCAACCUUGGUUAAGCUUCAUUAUCUUGGGUGGCGAACUGUAACAAAGCCUUGGCGGUGGUCACCAGGGAAGGAGAGGAGAAAUAAAUAUUGAGUAGCUGCAAACCUCGAGAUAUCUGAGGAACAAUCCAAGGCCUUAUUCCUCUCAGCAGGACUGAGACCAGGGCCACAACAAUGGACAUGUUCAAAUUAUAAAGUCAUCAGCAGAUAGAAGACAGGAACUGAAAUGGACACAGGAAUACAAAACAAGGAGAAGAGGGACUGAUUGACUCACAGAGGAGUUUUUUUUUUCAACUGAGGAGUUAGCCUCUAGAGAUCUGUGUGUGCCUGUUUACAUGAAGAAAAAAAAAAAAACAACUAAUGUUUCUGUACAAACUUCAACCAAUGUCACAUGGAACCCUUUAGCUAUUUCUAUGGUCACCACUAAGCCAACUGUACAGAGACUGUGUGAAGGGAAAAAAGAAGACUGACAGACAGAGAGAGAGGGCAGGAGACUGAGAGAGAGAGAGACAGACAAUUAGGGACAGAGAGAGAGAGAGAGCAGGUGUUGUACAGGUGUUAAAUGACACAGAAAAAAAGGAGGAAAAGGGGACAAGCAAAGCUGAUGGGCAGUACUAUAAAUUCUGUAUCUCCGGUUUUUUGACUUGACUGUCUUUAUAUAACUUCUCUUUUUUGUUUCUGUUGUUCUUUCUGUGUGGUUAAAGUGUGCAGACUCUAACGUAUUCCAACUUACCGUUACAAACAGGAACAUGCCAUCUGGAGAUGGGUUCAGUCCUCUUUCAAGUUUAGCCACUUCAGGAAGGAGAUUUUAACAAAUACUCUGCAUAGGAAAAGAAGAUGAAGCAAUCAUAAAGUUCAGUUUAUCAAUAAAAUAACACAUGUGAAUGUUCUUAUUUCUGAACACGUUCCUUCCUGAGCUGACUGCAGAGAAAGUGAAAUGAGCCUUUACCAGAAUGUGGUUCCCUUGAUGCCAUUGGCCUAUACAUAAACAAUCAGACACACUCAGUGGUUUUUAUCAUGUGUGCAAAGUGUUUACUGUGCUAUUUUAAAAAGCUUAUAAAUGAAUAUAAAUCUAUAUAUAACUAUAUAUAUAUAUAUAUAUACAUAUAUAUAUACAGUAUACUUUUUUUCUGAAAACUGUGUAACCAUUGGUUAGUUUCUACACCUCAUAACGUCAUUCAAUUUAAUAAUACCAAGUGCUACAAAAUAAAGACUUGUGUCGAUUAAAACGAGGAGGAGUCCUUCUGCCUGAAAAGCAAACCUCCUUCAAACCAACCAAGGAUUAAGUUGAUGUUUUUUAUUUGAUUGUUACUUUUCACCGUUUACAGACGCUGGGCCUUGUUGUGUGUAGCGAAGACACCAGUUGAGUUGUUUUGGCCUGUUGUGUAUUUUUACUAGCAGAAUAUGUGUUCAUGUACAGGAAGAGGGACUAUCACAAUCCAGCUAGAUAUCAAAGGUUUUACAAUCAUUUGAGAGAGGCAUACACAGACAAAUAUGGACAUUAAUAGGCAAUACAUGGUGAGGAGCACAGUAUUGCACACACACACACACACACUUACACACACACACAGGUCAAGUGGUGAUAAAUAAACAGUGUCAUGGAAAGUC